CAUUUCCGUAAACUUGACGAAACGAGCACGCUACGUUGGUUGUCCUGAUGCCUUAAAGCGGUGGAUUGUACACACAGGUAACCGACAGCAGAAGAGAGAAAAGUCUCUGUGAGCCUUACAUGUUUUCAGCGUGACAUGAGGACAGUUCCACUUGAUAACUCGAGGUAAUAAUCUAUACCUUUUGACGGAUCAGUUAAACGGUAUUAAAACAUGGACUGAAAACUUGAGCCAACUGUGAGGUGAGGUACCCUUCCCGGCUAACGUUAGCCAACUUUAACAGUUAACGUUGCGCACCGUGAGCUCAGCCUGUACUUGAGGAGAAUUCCUGAUACCUUUUAGAAUACUCUGCUUGUUGUGUCGCGCGUUGGUGUUUCUAUAAUGGUUGUACACAUGGCGCUAUUCCUCUCCUGAAUACUCGCAGGCUCGCAGAUCCUAGCAUAACUUUACAGAGCUAAACUCGGAGCUGUGAGGGGCAGUGCAGCCGCUCGGAGGGUGGCGCCAUUGGACACCAGUGUUGGUGGACGGUGUUUUCCUCCUUGUUAGAGGCAUUAGAUGGCAGCAUUUCAUUAAUAGACGGGCGCUAUCCUGAUACCUCUCGUUGUAUAAUCUGAAAGCCAUGUCUGCAAAGUAUCAGUAAGGCACAUAUACCAGUUUAAGGUUCAACAAUGAAAUACAAGAGAAGAAAAAUUAGACAUCAUUCUGUGUUUACAUAAGGAUUUUUGAUUUAGGAACUAUGAUUUCAUUGGGUUGUUAAUCUAAACUACUUAAGAGUCAGUUAUCCUGGUGAACAGGUUUAUUGUGAUUAAAUUGUAUGGCUUUGAUUUUAAAGCAAACCCACACUUUACUUUUAAAGUAAAAAUUAAAGUUUAAAGUUAAAAUAGGCCGGUGGUUUCAUCAUAGUGAAGUGACUGUGAACAGACUGUGGGAUCUGUCUGUGUUUGGUUUAGUCUGACAUGGUAUACUUAACCUUUGCAAACCAGGAUGUCCGCAUUGUUUUAAUGCAGGUGGUAUGCUAGGGUGUUGCCAGCAUUGCCAUAUCCUUACUUUGAACACAGGUAUACACUCUGAACAUUACACAAUGGUCUCAUGUCUCCUGACAUGUGACUGUCAUAGGAUUGUGCUACAGUAUGUAUCUGUAUUUUGCAUUGUUACCUGUUUGACUGAGGUGAACAUGCCCCAGAGAAGACAGGUUAAGAUGACCUGCUUUUGUACAAUUGCCAUCAGAUAAAGACAGAAGCAGUUCCUCGUCACUUAAAUGUGCAACACGAUGAAAUGUGAAUUUUGUCUUUAAAAUAUCUUCCAAUAAUUAUCGGCCAUUAAAAUUGCAAAAUUUCUUAAACUGUAAUGCAGCAAGUUGAGAUCUUGAGAGAUGUGAAUGUAAAUCGUCCUACAUCAGCAGAAUUAUCAUGACUGUAGAUUUCCAGCUGAAAGUUAUCCAUUUAGACAGAGCAGCAGCCCUCAGUAUUAAAGAUGCUAAGGUCUUAAUUAGGGCCCGACCGAUAUGGAUUUUUUGGGGCUGAUGCCGAUACCGAUUAUUAGGGGGGGUCAUAUUACUGAUUAAUCGGCCGAUUUUUAAAACAUUUUUUAUGAAGUUAUAAAAAAUACAAAUAUACUGUAGGUAUACUGUAGGCUACUGCUCCUCACGCUGACAGGAAGACCGACUGAUAAAACUUGGACCAGAAAAGUUUGUCUGCGGACAUAGACUCUGCAUUUUGAACCAAACAGUGCAAACUUGUUUCUAGUCAUCGUAAGUCCAAUUUUUGUGAGCUUUUGCCCACUUAAAUCUCUUUUUCUUGUUCUGUGGACGAAGUAGUGUUUUUUUGCAGAUACACAACCCUUCAGACCAGCCUUUCUCAAACAUCAUUUCACGGUUGUCAGAGAUCUUGGUUUCGACCUUGUCAUGUUGAUUUCCUCCCUUAUUUGUGGUGUUGUCUUUCGCCGAUCUCUCUUACUGGUGACAAUGCUAUGUUUAUCCUCUGCUUUUGUAGUAACUCUCUUUCAUCCAGGUCUUUUUCUGUCAUCAUAACUUCCAGGUUCCUCUAGUCUCUUCAGAGUGUAGUGGGCUCCUUUGUUAAACACCUUUAGGCGUUUUGCAAUUUCUCUUUCUGUGUAUCCUUCUUUCCUCAAUGUACAAAUCUGUACUUUUGUUUCUUUACUCAGUUGCUUCUUUCUAGCCAUUUUUGUGGUAGUUUGAACGCAGUUGAGAUUUAUCAGGAUUUUUGUAUGCAGACUCUCAAAAGCCAAAAAGUUGAAGUGAAUAAUCCAACUGUGAUUUGUUUUUUUGCUUUUGCACUGAAGUUGUGACUCUUGUCAAUGUUUUCAACUCUAAAACUAAGCCCUUAUUAUCUUUUGCUGACAUAUAUUUAGCAAUGGUCUGUUAACAUCAAUGUAUAUCUAAAGGUAAAUGGAGUAAAAUGGUGCAUUUCCAUGAAAGCAACAUCUGAUCAUGGAGUAAAUACAUCCCAAAAUACGUAAAACUCAUGCUGGAUUUUUUUUUAAAAAGCAUUGUGAACAAAAACUUGAAGUUACUCCCAACUUUUCGGCCUGUAAUGGCCUUGCUUCCAAACUUUUGGCCUGUAGUGUAUGUCCUUGUCAAAAAGUAUUUUUUUAUCACCAGUCAGCUUAGUCUGGGACCUCCUAAACCACCGUUUCUCCUCCGGAUAGUUUCACGUAGACCUUUAGGAAAGUAAUCUAUAAGGGGCCGCCAUGUGUCCAUAAAGAUAUCAUCAUUCCCUUAAUCUACUUUUUAAUUGUUUAUUUUCAGUUUUCCAGGAAUUAAGAUUCUGGAAGAUAAAAUCCUGCUCACCUUGAACUACUUUGGUUAAAGAGGAAACUAGAAGCCUUUAGGUCCCUGAACCCCCUAAAUAAACAGAAUGAACGAGAAACCUGGCAAACUGCAGUUGGUUGCAUCGAUUUUAUUGCCCUGUUAUUACAUGACCUCCGACCUCAGCUGUGUCUGAUCUAGGUAAGCUAUUUAAAGCAGUCAGGGGCUCAGACAGUUCCUACCAAUCAGAUAAAGGUUUGCAGAUGGUGGUCUGUUGGUAAAGUUGAGGCCAAUGUUCAACUGUGACUCUGUUUGUGCUUAUCUGUGUUGGUUUGUGGGAGUGUAGAGGUCUGGACAGAGGCUGAUUGUUCCUGGGAUGAUUAACGAAACAGUUUUUUGGUAUAACCAUGACUAUCUUUUCGUUCAACAAAGUUCAGAUCGACAAAAAAAUACUUAUGACUUAUCUAUGACAUCUUUUCUCGCCAAACCCCUCCCAAAAUAGAACUCUGUCUUGCUUAACAUCCAUAUUUUUGGUGUUUUUAGACUGGACCCACUGGAUUUUUUUUAGCAUUUUUCAUUGUUACACCCAUGUCUAAAGAUGGGCUGGGAGAGGCUGAUAGAAAGCUGAGUUUAUUAAAGACAAAUAAGCGAAGAAUAACCGUUUUAAGGCUGACUUUGCAGUGAUAACAUAAACCUGAACAAACUGACAGCAGCGAGUCAAGUGGGGGGAGGAAACCAGCUGGACACCUGAGCAGCAACAGGUUAUUCCAGCUGAGGGAAGUGGCAGGAAGACCCCCACACGGUGGUACAUACAGAGAGUGGAGUUCGUUCACUGAGGACUUUUGCAGUUGAAAAGUUGUGUGUGUCAUUCCUGUGGGAAAUGUUCUGUUAUUAGGAGUAGAUUCACUGUUAAAAAAGAAAAUAAUAAUAAAAUAAAAGUUAAUUUAAGUUUGGGAGCAAAGUGCUGGUUAAUUCUGCAUGUUGGUGUUUCCUGUGAACACCAAAAAGUGUUGUAGACAUCUGAGUAUUUAUAAAUACGAAGCCCCUCUCUGAUACCACAAUAAAAAAAUGUGUAUAAAUUACAAUUUAAUGGUCUAAAAAGUGCUCAAUCUGUCAUUAACUGUAUUCAGUGGGCUGCAGAUCUGAAUAAUGUGAUGUUUUAGUGGGACUUUCUGAGUAAUGGUGAAGCCUUUCAUUUAGUGCAAGUGUAAAACUUAAGCUUCACACACUUUACUCUGGAACAUUUAAGUCAUUUCAAAAUGAAGCUGAGGGUGGAGUUCAGCCCCGGGAUCCAGGAAUGAAGUGACACUUUAAGUUGGAACCCUCAUGACGAAAUAGCCCCCUCUUCCUUUUUUUUUUUUUUUUUUAAAUGGGAAAUAUUCAGCCAAUCACAAGCUCGAAUCCAAACCACCCGGCCCCGUCUCCUUCACAGCCCCUCCCCCCGGCUCUAUGUGUAUGUCACCCUUCCUCCCUUGCUUCCUUUCUCUCCUCUCGCUGCUUGCUGGCUCGCGCAUGCCGUGCCUACAUUUCCAGUAGCAGCCGAGCUCAAGAGAGCGAUAAAAGGAUAAAGGGAUUCCUUAGAAAAGAGGAAAACAUUAACAGAAGAGGGUGAUUUUAGUGGAGAAUCUGCAGAAAACGUGGGAUGGAAAAGCAUCCGGGUUCUUUCUUCGUUAACCCUCAUGUGAGUCAGAUGGUCUCUCUCUGUCUUUUCCUCCUCCUCCUCCUUCUUCUUCUGUGUUUUCAUCUUUCAUCUUCAUGUCCUCCACUCCUGUCUCUCUCACUCUUCAUCAUCAGCCCCUCAGUUUGAUUAUGUCUGCAUAGAUUGCCUUGUUUCCUUACGUUGCUGUGUCAUCCCUCCCUCUGCUUUCUGCAUGCGUCCCCACCCCCCUGUACCAUCACACUGGCUGCUGAUGCUGUCUUGUGAUGCUUGAAGUCACACUGUGCUGAAUGGAAAUCAGGUUAAAGCAGCGAGGAUUCAGGCCUGAAGCUUUUGAAUCGAAGUUGACAAAUAAGAGUUUGAGAAAGAGACGCUGAGCUACUGUCGUAAUCUGACAACACCUCAUCUCUGAGUCCUUUGAUUUCAGGGUGAGCAAAACUAAAGUGCUGUUGACGGAGAUGAUGAACCUCAGGAUUUUUGUGAAAAAACUUGAUUCAACAGAGCUGAAACUGAAAGGCAAAAGCCGCCUCUUUGGGGACACACUCAGUUUAUCAGUUUCACCAAGGAACUGUUAAUUCAGUGUUUUGAUUAUAUAUCCUCAAAAGCGUUUAAGUCAACAUUAACAUGAGGGAAAGUUGAGAAACGCUUUCAUAAUCCCUGAGAUCAUUUCCGUUUGAUGAUAAACGUAUCAGCGAAUGAAGUAAAACUGUCGAUGAGGUGAACAUUUACAAAUAAAGACACGUUGCUUUACUCUCAUUGGCCCUAAGCUCUCAAAGCGAAACUGAGACCAAAACUUGUGGUACAGAGUGGCAGGCAGCAUCUGUGCAUGUUAUUGUGGACUGCUGUGAUCAUGAGGUGUUUCUUAAUGAAUUAUCAGUGAAAUGUAGAGAUGAGACUGUGGACUAAAAUCAGCAUUAUUAACCCGCUGAUUCCUAUUAGGACCUUGUUCUUGGUAAAAGUCGUAUUCUCACUGUUUUUCCAAUCAUUGUGACCAACUGAGUGAUGUGAACAAACAGUUAAAGAGUUAAGACUGAAGUUUGGCAGUGUUGAACCUGACCUCUGGUCUUUCUCUGCCGUCUGACCUACAAAUAACUUCAAAAAAUAAAGCCAUGCGGGCUCAGCUUGGGUUUUAUGGGUGUUUGAUUUUCAAUUUGUUCAGUUAAUCAAGGAGUAACACAGAGCGGAGAGCUAAUACGAGUUUCAGUUUAACGUGUUUGGCAAAAAAACAAAUCUGUUCACUGCAGUAUCCCCUGGGUAAAAAAAGAAACUGAACUUUUGUAGAAGGCCAUGAAAUCACAUGACAUUUCCUUAAAGAGCAAAGGUGCGUCUGCAAAGCACGAACAUCACGUAAGUCUUAUAUAGAGAGGUCAUUCCCUCAAAGAAAACACAUGUUUAUUUAUACCAGUAAAGACACUGAAUAUAGCACGCUGAGUCUGAAAAACUUUGUCACUGUGUUUUUAAGCAAACACAGGAUGUGUGGUUUGGAGGCUGCAUGCCACUCUGCAAAAAAAACAGCCACGUUAUUGGCAUCAUGAUACAAUUUUUUUUUUUGCCAUUUUGGACCUUUUGUUCUUCUCUAACAGCUGAAACAGUAUGUUUGUAAUUACAUCACAUAAUAGCAUUUUUAAAUGUGAAAUAUUUGCUUCAUCGUGUCAGUCCAACUUAAACCGGGUAGUCCAACUGAAAUUGCAGCAUGUUGGACUAACUUAGAUGAUUCAGCUGGAGGGAGAUUUUCUCUUGUAUGUGUAUGCCUCAGUGAGUUUUGAAUGGGCGAAAUGUUCUCCACAGUUUGCACCCUUUUGUCUUUGGACGUUAAUGUGAGGAAGUAAACAGGAAGACAUUAUAAACAUUUGGACUGGGACGAUAUGCUUUCCUCCCCGAUUCGGUUGUAAAUUAUGAAAUUGUAAAACAAAAAAUCAUGAUACUUGUGAGAAUCAAUUUCGUGGAGUUAGUAUGAGUUGUCCUUGUUUAGCCUCUUAUGUCACCCUUUGUAGUAUAGGUGGACAUACUUGUUAGCCUUGUAGAUCUGGUUCACCCUGUGUCUUACUGUUACACAGCAUCAUCAUGACACUCAGACUCAGGCCUGAGCUGUUCUUGACAUGACCAUCAUUGUAAUACUGGUGUGAAUAUUCAAGACCAGGCUGUAGAUGCUGACAGGAGUCCUGAUUUGUGUCUUUGAAUGAAGUUGGGCUGUGUUCUGAUCUCAUGAAUAUGGCAGCAUUCUUAAAGCAGCUGAAUCCACAUGACGCUCUACGGUCCUCCUGUUAACAAGGGGCUGAAUAUUUUCCGAGGGAAUUUUCCUGUCUUUCAGAGCAGCACACACCCCGCUCCCUUCAUUUAGUUUGGGUCUGGAAUAAAAGUGUGAACAAGUGGAAUUUCUCUUUAGAUUUGAAAGCGGGCAUGAUUUGGAUCCUAGUUUCAGAUCAAUUACCACAUGAUGAAUGUGAAGAAUUUGUCCUCAGUGCCAAAGUGGGAACUCUCUUUUUCAAAAAUGUCUUUGUUUGUUGUUCAUUUUCAUGUCAAUGACCCUUCGUUCCUUUUCCCGGAGAGCAAAGGAGUGAAACAGAGAAAUCUCACUCAGUAGACUAAUCUGACCUCAGGGGGUUGUAAAUUCCUAACACUCAAUCCGCUGUGGAAUCUGACGUCCUCCUGACCUGCAACAUCGGCUUUUAUAUUUACAGUACACACACAUGCACACACUAGGAUUUCUCCAAAUUAAACACAGGUGUGUGUGUGUGUGUGUGUGUGUUUGUGGUGUGUUCUCAUUUACUUGAGCCUCCAUUGAAAAGGUGUCGGCACGUGUCUGACACAGUGGAGGGCAAGUUUUCGUUUCUUGUAGACUAUCUUUCGACUGCAGCGAUGUUGCUGGAGCCUUCAGGGUCUUCAGUCCUGAUGAGAGCGCAGCAUUUUCUGAUGUUACUGUUACCACACACACACCUGUUUAUCCAGUAGUGUUAAGAAAUGCUGCUGUCAAGUAUUUGGAAAAAAUGCAUUGAAAUAUUGGGACGAAAAAAAAAAAAAUCUCACGAGGUAAUGAUAAUAUUUGUAAAUCCACAGUAUGAUAACUACUGCAUCAUCGAAAGACAAGUAAAGACUGCAGCUGCUCAGAGGAGCAAUGAGAAAGGACAGUAUUGUUCCUGUAGUAGUACCAGUACUUUAGGGCUGGGAUGAUAUGCUUUUCUUCCCGAUUAGAUUCUUCCACGAUUUUUUUGGAUGCCGAUUCAACUUAAAUUGCGAUUCUACGAUAUUGUCAAUUUUCUCGAUUUUUAGUCUGCAUUUUUUUUACACCAGUGAAACAGUUGAAUGAUUAUGAUUGUCUACUGACUAUUCCAGGAACCGUAUUUCCCCCCCAUUAAGAUUUAUUCUUAAAUUUGAAAAGGAAAAAAAAAUCAAUUUUUAAACAAAAAAAUCAAUUUAAAAAUUGUAAAACAAAAAACUGCAAUACUUACGUGUACUUAGAUUCUACCUGAAACAGAAACGACAGAUUGCGGACAUGUAUUAGAGUUAAAGGAAGCUGGUUUCAAGACUUAUCGUGGUGCAACAGGAGAUGUACGUUAGUGUGAAGUUCCUGUGAAGACAGUCCUCCUGCAGCAGCAGCAGCAGCAUCUGGACAGCUGAUAAACACCCAGUAAAGACAGUUUCUCUACACUCUUCCCUCUGGAGCCAAACCUUUUGUAUUAUGUGUCAACACAAAAGUCAUUAACAGCUGACUACAGAUCGGAGAUGGGAUUUUUUCUUCAUUUUAAAGUCAAAAUAAAAGCGAUGUGAGCUGGUAAAACUUUGUCUGUUAGAUCUGAUGGUGACAUGUUGACUUCCGUUUUCACUUCUAAUCUAUCUUGACACCAUUAAAGCUGUUUUUAAUCUCUUCUCUCUGGCUAAACCAAACAAACCAACAACUACUCAGUUCCUUAUCGUCUAAGAGCACUUUCCUUCUGUCAUGUGACAGAGGUGUCCCAGGUGUGAGUGUGACCUACCUCUGCCCCGCUAUGCAAAGCACUGCAGCAUGUUUUUUUUUUUCACCUAUAGAAAAUCUGUCGGGUUAGCAUGUUUUGUUAAAUGUAAAUACAAAACAUCUUUAGUGUAGCUUUGUUGUGUUUUCAUGCAACAGCAUCUGAAUAUUUGGAAGGCCCAAGUGAGUAUAAACUGUGGUAGGUUUGUCCUGAAAUUAAAGGAUAACAUAAAGCCCAACAAACACGUCACAGGCCCUCACCCCUUUUUUUUUUUUUCUUCUUCCAUUUUGUUUUCUAGGAGCUCUACUAUCUGAAAACACAAAGGAGCAGAGACAAGAUGGAAAGGAAAAACAUGGACGAGCAAAAUCGGGUAGGAGCUGCAUCUGGAGAUGAAACUUGAUUUAGAGCAUCGACUUAAUAUUUAGAUCAUAUCUGUAAUGAAAGAAAACAGCUGUGGAGAGUUUGUAGAGAGGAAUGGUCUGAGGUAAAACAAAUCUAAUCAACUUUCUGUCUUUCUGUGUGUGUUGGUAAUAUCUUUAUUUGGUGAAGUGUCGGAGAAAGUUGAGGGUGUGUGUGGCAACAUGCAACAGAGCGGACUACUCUAAGCUGGCUCCUAUCAUGUUUGGGAUCAAGUCCCACCCUGAUGAGUUUGAACUGGAAGUCGUGGUGCUCGGCUCUCAUCUCAUCGAUGAUUACGGGUAAGACCAGCAGAAUGACAGCAUCUUUGAAAUAAGCUUGUUACAGUUAUCAAUACAUCUGGUUUUGACAGUAAAACUCCAUCAAUUAAACUCUCCCUCUGUACUUUGUUUCUUUCCUUCUUUCUCCUCCGCAGAAACACUUUCCGUAUGAUCGAGCAGGAUGACUUUGACAUCACAUCCAAACUCCACACCAUCGUGAGAGGAGAGGACGAGGCAGCCAUGGUGGAGAGUGUCGGUUUGGCACUUGUGAAGCUGCCUGAUGUCCUACAGAGGCUGCGCCCGGACAUCCUGGUUGUACACGGUGACCGAUUUGAUGCACUGGCUCUAGCUACUGCUGCAGCUCUCAUGAACAUUAGGAUACUUCACCUGGAAGGAGGAGAGGUGAGGAGUAGGGCUGAACCAUUUUGGUAAAUGAUCUAAUCGCGAUUUUUUUUCCCUCAAUAUUGCGGUUGCGAUUGAAUAUGCAAUUAUUAUUUGAAGGUCCUCAUAUAAAUUAUAAUACAAAUUUACGUGAUGUUAUUGGUGCCCAAAACACUGAAGUCUGGACUUUUCAUUCAGCUGUGCUGCCAUCACUGUAUUGAUACAUUUUCCGUCGUUAUGCAGAUGUAGUUUAAAGUUGAAGCUCUGGUCGCUGGUGUUUAAGCCGUUCAACUAUCGUACAUGACUUUGUUGUGUUUUUUUAAGUGCCGAUAAAGGUUAGUAGUGUUACCUCCUGAUGUAGCAACAGUAGCACGGCAGGUUCUGCACACGUUGUGCAGCAGCAUCUUCUUUUAGUCAAAAUAAAUUCACACAACUGCCAUGCUACCCCUCUUUGGUACGAAACUUUCUGCAGUGUCAGCUUCAGUCGAGCAUUAGCCCAUAGUGCAACAGUGCCCAGCGUUCACUCAUCUCCCUGCCUGCUCUGCUUUGCUCUGCCCGCUCGCAUGUCAUGUGACCAGAUCACACAACCAGUCCAAAUCGCAGCCGUUGCGGUUAGAAAAUCGCCUUUUAUUAUUAUAUUGCGAUGUAAUCGCAAAUUCAAUUAAUCAUUCAGCCCAUUCAGUGAGGAGGCAGAGAUCAAAAGUUCAAAACCGAUGCUUCACUUAUUUCCCCACUUGUUGAGUCAGGGUGUUCAAUCUGAUCUGUGUGUGCAGAAACUUUGAGGCUCAUGUCAAAAAAUGAAAAGUGACAGUAUCCUUUUUGCUUUUGUGUCUUUUCCAGGUUAGUGGCACAAUUGAUGACUCAAUCCGUCAUGCCAUCAGUAAAUUGGCCCAUUAUCACGCCUGCUGCACACACAGUGCAGAGCAGCAUCUCAUCGCCAUGUGUGAGGACCACUCUCGCAUCCUGCUGGCCGGUUGUCCUUCAUAUGACAAACUGCUGUCCACUCAUCGGCGAGAUGACUACAUGGAUGUGAUCAGGAGCUGGCUGGGUAUGUGAAGACAAACUCAUGUGACAUGUACAGUGUAUGAUGUGAGACUGUAAAGUUGUCUGUAUCUUGAUUGUGAUGUUGUUCAUUCAUGUUUCAGGUGACAAGGUGCAGGACCAUGAUUACAUAGUGGCUUUGCAGCACCCGGUUACCACUGACAUCCAGCACUCUAUCAAGAUUUACGGUCUGAUGCUGGAUGCUCUGAUCUCCUUCAACAAAAAGACCCUGAUCCUUUUCCCUAACAUUGAUGCUGGUGAGUUCCACAUACUGACCUUUCAGUUAAUUAAGUUUCCCUUCAGUGUCACUAAAUUAUAAACACAUUUAUCCCUGUGUGCGUUUAUGUUAACAGGAAGCAAGGAAAUGGUGCGUGUGAUGAGAAAGAAGGGCAUCGAGCAGCACCCUAACUUCCGAGCAGUGAAGCACAUUCCCUUUGAGCAGUUCAUCCAGUUGGUGUGUCAUGCUGGCUGCAUGAUUGGAAACAGCAGCUGUGGAGUACGAGAGGCUGGCGCCUUUGGCACACCUGUCAUCAACCUGGGCUCACGUCAAACAGGCAGAGAAACAGGUAGGUGUGACCGCAAACAUGAAGAUUAGAACCUGCUCCCACACCCAUGUUCCUGGUUCAGCCAAAAUAAAUAUUGAAGGAGUAAAGCGAAGCUUUGUUGAAGUUAUUCAACGUUCUUGAUCAAGAGCUUCUUUGGGUAUUGCAAAGUGAGAAUUGAAGACACUGGAAAGUCUGAGUGUAAGCUCGACUACUGGAUUAUAAUGACAGCAGACAUCGUUGUUGUUUUCAUUUAAAGAAAAAGAUAGAUUUAAAAAAAAAACCUUAAACCAGGAAGGAAUUAUUAUUAUUUAGAUUCUUAUUUAUUAUUAUAUCAUUUUCUUGAUUAUUAUCAUAAGGAUGUAAGAAAUCAUACAGACCAGCCUUUCUCAGCUGUCAGAUUCUGAUGAAACAGCGUUUCAGUCUGAAUAUUUGAUGGCAUGUAAGACCUGGUUUGUGACCCAUAGAUGGCGCUGAAACAUUGUCAUGAACCCUCCUUCUUGAAUAUGUUCAAAUACCAGUCCAACAGUAAAGCAGGAUAACAGUUUAAGAUAUUCAGUUCAUGAGAAUAACAAAUAAUUCUGGAAAAAAGAGGAAAAGAACUUUGUUGUUUUGACUACAAUAGGAGCAUCUUCAUUUCUGUUUUCCAUUGAUUGUUGUUGAUCAGUUAAUCAUAUGUUAGAGCAAAGAUUAUUUGGUGUCAUGGAUUAGUCCAGGUUUUCCAUCUUUACCAAUCAUACUCUUGAAAUGUCCUCUUCUUUUAGGUGAAAAUGUGUUACAUGUCAGAGAUGCAGACUCUCAGAACAAGGUCUACCAUGCUCUGGAGCUUCAGUUUGGAAAGCGAUACCCCUGGUAUGACCUGUGUGCUGCUUUGUGUGUUUCAAUCCUCCAGUGUUUCAACUGUAGACCUUUUUCAUUUACAAAAAAAGAAAAACCUUUUCGAAAGCAUUUUAACUGGAAUAAAGGAAAAAAUGCUCGGUGUUAUUAUCUGGUGAAAUAACAGCAAGUAGUGUCCAAAGUGUAAGUUACUCCCCUCAAAUACUUUCGAAAGCCCACUGACUCACCAGGCAAACAUGAAGUGUGAGUGGGACAAAGUGGGAGAGACAGGUUUGUCUCUUUUGGUUUUUAACAGAACAGUUGUUCCAGCUUUUCCUGGCUGACCAGUUAUUUAUUUUGAGGUCCAUUUAGAAAAAGACCCAAUUUUGUAUCUCCACUUUAAUUUUCACAAGUCUAAACCUCAACUGUGUUUUAUAAUCACAAUUCUAAAACCAGAUCCCACUUUUUACUUGUCAUUUUGACUGACUGCUCAGAAAGAUUGAGGAUUCUCAAACUUUUUCAAAUUAACACACGAUAUGAACAGUACUGUGACAUUGUUUUUUUAUGAUUAAUAUUUUAUUGGAUUUUUUAAUAUCGUACAUUGCAGGUACACAUGUGGCAAAUGUUGUAUAUGUUGUAGACAUUUACUUGUAUACAAAAAGUAAACAAAUAACUAUACAAUGCUCACAAUUCAGGAAAGAGGGAAAGAAAAAUAACCACAUGGUAGCAAUGACGACAUAAAACAAAAAAGAAAAGGGCAAUACAAGAACAAUCUAACAAAAGAUAACAGGACAGCACGACUUUAAAAUACUAGAAAAAAAAAUGAUAAUGAAAAAAAUAAUAAUAAUGAGGCUUUUUUUUGUGUAAUUCUGUAUUCCAUCAGCUCUAAAAUCUACGGUGACGGCAACGCGGUGCCUCGUAUUCUAAAGUUGUUGCGCUCCAUUGACCUGAAUGAGCCCCUCCAGAAGACUUUCUGUUUUCCCCCUGUGAGAGACUCCAUCUCCCAGGACAUCGACCAUAUCCUGGAGACACAAGCGGCUCUGGCUAUUGACCUAGGAGGGACCAACCUCAGAGUGGCUAUCAUCUGCCAGAGGGUAAACUGUAUAGACUGUUCCCUUUUUUAACGAUUUCUGCAAUCAACCUUUAGUUGUACUAUGGGGUUAAAUUAAAACAGUUAAACUUUAAAAAAUAUGUUAAAGCCGCCAGAAACAAGCUUCCACAUUAGCCUCUUAACAAUGUAAUUCAGGACUGUAUUGUAUGUCAUAGUAUCUAGAGUGUAUUUUAAGUGUGUUUUAGUCUAAUAUGACCUCCAUGCUCCAGCAGUCAAUAAGCUGUUUUCUUUCCCCCUCUCACCCUGCUACCUCUUUUUCUCUGCAGGGUAAGGUCAUCAAGAAGUACGUCCAGCCAAAUCCAAAGACCUACGAAACCAGGAUGCAACUUUUAUUAAAAAUAUGUGCAGAUGCAACACGGGACGCUGUCUGCCUCAACUGUAGAUUGCUCGGUGUUGGUAAGAAAAAGCACACCCUCUGUCAAAUUUACAUGAAUCCGCCAACUGUGAUUUAAAAACUCUCCCUCUGCUUCUCAGGAGUGUCCACAGGUGGCCGCGUAAAUCCCCAGGAGGGUGUGGUCCUUCACUCCACAAAGCUAAUCCAGGAGUGGUCCUCUGUGGACCUAAGGACACCCAUCUCUGACGCCUUGCACCUUCCUGUCUGGGUUGACAAUGACGGCAACUGUGCUGCUCUGGCAGAGAGGAAGUUUGGUCAUGGGAAGGGAGUGGAGAACUUUGUCACCAUCAUCACAGGAACAGGUGAGGAAUUUCAGUCAUGAAGUCAUCUAGUCAUUUGUCAAAGAGGUAUUCAUACAUUUUUCACGGGAGAGACGUAAGCAGGUAUUUCGUGAAAGAAAAGGGUGUCACUGGCUUGCUUUCAACAUCAGACCUGUGCUAUAUUUAGUCAACCCAAGAUAACAAGAUAGCCACAUUAUGACACACUGUCGAGUUUCAGAUGUUUGUGUCUCCACAAAGCUUUUAAAAUUGGCAAACUAUGAAGGCUAACUCUGGGAAAAUAACAAGUGACCUUUUUUGUUUGUUUCUUUUGCGCAUGUUGGCCUUUCAAGAUAUUUAUUUAGUCUUGGUUCUGUGAGUUCUUGUGUCCAAGUACAUUUGGACAAAGCAUUUAUCACUAUCUUAUGUGGUAAAAAAAAGAAACCAGCAGCUGUAGAGUCAGAGCCAAUUAACAAGUUGCUCUAAUGAUUUGUUUCUUUGCAUGCAGGUGUUGGAGGAGGCAUCAUUCAUCAGAAUGAGCUGGUUCAUGGCAGUACCUUCUGUGCUGCAGAGCUGGGUCACAUUGUGGUUUCACUGGACGGUCCAGACUGUUCAUGUGGAGGCAGAGGGUGUGUGGAGGCUUACGCAUCUGGCAUGGCUCUGCAAAAAGAGGCCAAAAGGCUGCACGAUGGUGAGAUGUUUAUCAUUUUUGUCAUCUGCAGAGGUUCUGCCUUUGGUUCAGUGUUAAACUUCCACAUUAUCUCAAGGAUUGUGUCUUUAUUAAAUUGAUUGAGUUAAGGAACUCAGAAGUUAAUUUUUGCCCAUUAGCCAACUUAACACUAAACACUGAUGUUUUUUCUGAACCAACCUACUUGAAACCGUUGUUCUUUUACUUGAAGUAUUUCUCGACUGUAUAAAGUUACUUUGUCAAGAGCAAAAGUGGGUACAGUUCAUCUGCUCAGUUAGUCUGUUUAAAAAGAUGCUAACUUCGAUGACAGUCCAUCACUAAUAAUCAAAAUCAACAGAUGUUAACAUAACAUUUAAACCUGUUGAAAGUCAGGCAGUCCGCCCCUCCUACUACCACAAUAGCAAGGGUCCCCAAGAUCCAAGUCCAGGAAAAGAUUUCAUCCAAACACGUUAUAUUCAUAAAGGUCUAUGGAUGGUGUACAGAUGAGCAGAUGUGUCCCCAGCUUUGGUAAAAAUAAUUUAAAAAAAAAAAAAAAAAAGAAAGAAAAAUUUAGGCAAAACCUAGUCAUGGAUUUUUGACGAUCCAAUAUGGCUUCUCUUCACAGAUCUCACUGGGCUUCACACCAUCAUCUGUUAUUUACAUGUUUUUGUCUCUUAUUUCCUUCAGAGGAGCUGCUUAAGGUGGAGGGGAUGGAUAUGAAGCUGGCUGAGCCGAUUACUGCUGCACACCUCAUCAAUGCAGCCAAACUGGGAAACUCCAGAGCCGAAGCUGUUCUUAAUAAGGGUAAGAGCACUAAAGACACACACAGUGACAGGGAAAAUCUGUUAAAAACUAUUUCAAAAAGCCAGAAAUGUAGUAUGCAUCAGAGCGAGGCAAAGGAAUCAUGGAGAUAUGUAACUAUGGAUCAGAAGUGGCUGUGAGGUGAUAUAGGUUGUUAUAAAAGUAGCCGAAAUUUAAUUUCUACUUGUCUCCUUCUUACCCCCUACAGCCUCCACAGCUCUGGGUACAGGUAUCGUGAACAUCCUCCACAUGAUGAACCCCUCUCUGGUGAUUCUGUCGGGGGUCUUGGCCUCGUACUACCAGGCUCCAGUGCAGAGCAUCAUAUCAGAGAAAGCCCUCAUCUCCGCUCAGAACAUCAAGGUUGCUGUAUCACAUUUAGAGGAGCCUGCUUUACUCGGAGCAGCUAGCAUGGUGUUAGACUACGCAACCAGGAGGACAUAUUAAAAGAUAUAACGUCCUUUUUGCUAGAGAUUGCUACAUACAAGGCUGCGAAACUGAAAGUAGUACUGCCCAGGUAGAUACAGAAGCUUAUCUAGGGUAUACUCCUUAAAGGUUUAAGUGACAAACAAUAAUUUUAAUAUAUUUUUUAAAAUAAUCUAUACCUCUGCUAUACCUCCUUUGCAGAGUGGGUCCAAUGCAGGGGUCGGAUGUCCCACCAUUUUUCUUUUCUAUGUUAUCAAAGUGAAAUCAAGCUUGUUUUUACACAAGCUGCAAAGUCACUUUAAAGCCAAAAUAACUUGUUGAAAGAGUUUCCUCUUUGUUGUUUGUCACAUGAAAGUCUGUCAUACCGAAAGCUUGGUUCAUAUGUGACCAAAAUAUUCCUCAAACAUUCUCGUGCAGCAUUAUGCCAUUUUUUUUUCUGUUUUGUCAAAUUUUUUGACAUGUUUUUGUUUUAAAUUUUAAAGUCAGUGUUGGGAUAAAAGUUUCCUUUUAUGUAACAUUUCCAUUGUCAUUCAUAUGAUUAUUUAAGGGUUGUGGGAGAAAACAAGUGCCGUUAGAAAAAGGAGCUUUUGUUUAUGAAGCCGUUUAUUUAAAGUUAAAUAAAAUGAGUAAAAACACUCAACUGGACUAUAUAUUUGAAGAAAUAAUCAUGGCUGCUACCCUAUGACAAGGACCCGGGGCUGAAUCUUUUACCUGAUUUCAGGUAAAGUUUUGGUUUGUUUGUUUGUUUGUUUUUUACAUCUCAUGAUUACAAAUCUGUCACAUUUAAAACUGACAUCUGAAGUUUUUUUCCGCCUUGAGAUAUUUUAUCUGAAAAUAUCGCCUUUAUUUAUAUGUCUGUGCUACUCUGUACAUGCUUUAUGUUCAUUUGAAAUGGAAUAAUUUUUAAUUUGGUGUGUGUCCAAAUAAAUUCAACGGUUUUAAAUAUA